UCACGCAGGUGGGCCAAGCCACCUGGGCGCUAUGCGACCGCUAGUUCACGGGGCUCGGUGCGACGCGAAUUUAUUUUAUUUUUGUGUCUUCUCAAAAAAAGAAUCCAGCACCCCCCCCCCUCUGCCCCUUCACAGGGUUCCUCAACUUUUCUUAAAGUAAAUUAAAGUCGCGUCAAGUGAGGGUGGGGUGGGUCGUGUACGGGUGAAAGCAAGCGACAUGAUGCUGACACUAACUCGGGUGGGUGCCGCCUGCCGCACCCGUCUGGCUGCUGCCCCCAGGGCGCUGGGGGUUGCCCAGGGACCGCCGCUGGCCAUGAGCGUGCGUUCUUUGCAGGUGGAGAAUGGCUACGUGCAAGCCAUGUACCAGGAGUGGAUGCAAGACCCGAGCAGUGUACACCAGUCGUGGGAUAAUUACUUUAGAAGCACGAACCUCGGGAGCCCCUCGCUUCUGAGCAGCGUGCAGACGAGCCCAGUGAACGAGAAGACCGUGUCCGACCACAUGAACGUGCACAAACUCAUACGCGCGUAUCAGGUGCGAGGACACCUAAUCGCCAAGCUGGAUCCCCUGCAAUUGCAGAACCAGGACCACAUUGUGGAAAAGGAUCUCAUCUAUGACAUGAGCAGCCUGGCCAGUUACGGGUUCCUGGAGUCCGACCUGGACCAGACGUUGAAGCUGCCGAACACGACCUUCAUCGGCGGGGACCGCUCUGAUCUGACCCUGCGAGACAUCCUACAGCGUUUGAAGGAUGUUUACUGUGGCUCUAUUGGGGUCGAGUUCAUGUUCAUCAAUGACCGGGAGCAGUGCCAGUGGAUCCGGCAGCGCUUUGAGAUGCCCGGUGCCGGAACGCUCACCCCGGCCGAAAAGAAGCAGCUUCUCAUCCGCUUGCUGCGAGCCACCCGCUUCGAGGAAUUCCUGGCAAAGAAGUGGUCGUCGGAGAAGCGCUUCGGCGUCGAAGGCUGCGAGAUGCUCGUGCCGGCGCUCAGGACCAUCGUGGAUUGCUCCAGCGUCAUGGGCGUCGAUGCCAUCACGCUCGGCAUGCCUCACCGGGGCCGACUCAAUGUCCUGGUCAAUGUGAUCCGCAAGGGCCUGGAUGAGGUCUUCUGUCAUUUCGACUCGAAGCUUGAACCGCAGGAGGAGGGCUCGGGCGAUGUCAAGUACCACCUGGGCAUGUCGCAUCAGCACAUCAACCGGCUGUCGGGCCGCAAGCUGAAGCUGUCGCUCGUCGCCAACCCCUCGCACCUGGAGGCCGUGGGGCCCGUGGUGCAGGGCAAGACGCGCGCCGAGCAGUUUUACCGCGGCGACACCGAGGGCAAGCAGGUGAUGUCUGUGCUCAUCCACGGGGACGCUGCAUUCGCGGGGCAGGGAGUCGUCUACGAGACGUUUCAUCUGAGCGACCUGCCGGCGUACACCACCCACGGCACCAUACACCUGGUCGUUAACAACCAGAUCGGCUUCACGACGGACCCGCGUUCAUCGCGCUCGUCCCCGUACUGCACGGACGUGGCGCGCGUCGUCAAUGCGCCCAUCUUCCACGUGAACGCCGACGACCCCGAGGCCGUGACGCACGUGUGUCGCGUGGCGACCGAGUGGAGGAACACAUUCCACAAGGACGUCGUCAUCGACCUGGUUGGCUACCGCCGGAAUGGCCACAAUGAAGUUGACGAGCCCAUGUUCACGCAGCCGUUCAUGUACAAGCGGGUCGCACGGCAGGUGCCUGUGCUCAAGCAAUACUCUGAUGCCCUCAUCAAGGAAGGGGUCAUCACGGGCCAGGAGUACAAGACAGCCGUGUCCAAAUUCGACCAGAUAUGUGAAGAUGCCUACGCCAGUUCCAAGGAUGAGAAAUUGCAACGGACAAGCCAGUGGAUCGACUCUCCCUGGCACGGGUUUUUCGGGCCGGAUGGUCGACCGCAGAGCAUGUGGACCCCGCCGUCGGGCGUCCCCGAGGAAAUCCUCGCUCACAUAGGCAACGCUGCGAGUUCCGUGCCGGCUGCGGACUUCAACAUCCACCCAGGCCUAAUGCGCGUGCUGCGUUCCCGCGCCGAGAUGGUGAAGAACCGCACGGCCGACUGGGCGCUCGCCGAGUACAUGGCGUUCGGCUCGCUGCUCAAGGAGGGCGUUCACGUGCGUCUGAGUGGCCAGGAUGUGGAGAGGGGAACCUUCAGCCAUCGGCACCAUGUGCUGCAUGAUCAAAACGUGGACAAGAAGACUCUGGUACCCAUGAAAAAUCUGUGGCCAUCGCAAGCUCCCUACACUGUGUGCAACAGCUCCCUGUCCGAGUACGGGGUCCUAGGUUUUGAGCUGGGCUUCGCCAUGUCCAGCCCCCACGCGCUUGUGUGCUGGGAGGCACAGUUCGGUGACUUCAACAACAUGGCGCAGUGCAUCAUCGACCAGUUCAUCUCCUCGGGCCAGGCCAAGUGGCUGCGGCAGAAUGGGAUUGUCCUGCUACUACCCCAUGGCAUGGAGGGAAUGGGUCCAGAGCACUCCUCUGCACGGCUGGAGCGGUUCCUCCAGAUGUGCACCGACGACCCAGAUGUCUUUCCGAAAAUUGGUGAGCACUUUGAGGUGCGUCAGAUCUUCGAGUCGAACUGGACGGUGGCGAACUGCUCGACGCCUGCCAACUACUUCCACAUCCUCAGGAGGCAGAUCCUCCUUCCCUUCCGCAAGCCGCUCAUUCUGGCCACGCCCAAGUCACUCCUGCGGCUGCCCGAGGCGCGUUCCAGUUUCGCCGACAUGAUGCCUGGGACGUCGUUCCGGCGCGUGAUCCCGGAGGAGGGCCCCGCGGCCAAGGACCCUGGAGCGGUGCGGCGACUCAUCUUCUGCUGCGGCAAGGUUUACUACGACCUGGCGCGCGAGCGAGACGCGCGGGGCAUGCAGGGCCUCGUGGCGAUCUGCCGCCUGGAGCAGCUGUCUCCAUUCCCACAUGACCUGGUGCGCGACGAGGCACUUCGCUACCCGGCGGCCGAACUCGUUUGGUGCCAGGAGGAACACAAGAAUCAGGGCUUCUUUGCGCACGUGCACCCACGUGUACGCACGGCCAUCUCCCAGUCACGCCCACUCUGGUACGUGGGCCGUGACGCAGCAUCUGCCCCGGCCACAGGGAACAAGUACUUGCACAACAUGGAGUCGGAGCGCUUCUUGACAAAGGCGUUCCACCUGGACGCCUUCAAGGGCAUCUAGGAUGCGACUCUACGCCCUUUGCGCAUACACGCACACAUGUACACGUGUCCGUGUGUGUGAGCAACGAUGCAAUGUAGCUGUGCUUAGAGAAGCCUAUUGAGAAGCUUUGUAGAAGAGCUUCCGAGGGGGGAGACCCGUAGAAGAACCUCAUUAAGAAGCAUCAUUUUAACGGGUGUCAAAUGACAUUUUUACAGGUCCUGUGAGAGAAGAAGCCUCAUUUAGACUGUGUAUGUGUCGCUUAGAGGAGCCAUAGUACAGAGAUGCGUCGAUGAGCCUCGUUGACAUCUCUUGUAAGAACCUCGUGGGAUCGUAGCCUUUCGAGAAACCCUCUAAUUGCCUCGUAUACAGAAGGCUCUUAGAGAACAUGAGAAGAGCGUUAUAGGUGGGCAUUAGUCACCAUGGUGAGUGCGUGCGUGCGUAGGUACUUUGUUGUGACCCUACUAUUAGUUUGAUUAACUCGGUCGCUUAUUGGGCAAAUGUGGCAAUUGGGAUAUGUACCCAGUACAGGUCCCGUGAGGGUCAACUCAAGCUGAAUGUACUUGCGUGAGCAGAUCACCAUCUGAAUGUAGUGUGCAGUGAAAACUUCAGACGGGUAAAUCUACAACAAUAGUAACUUCUAUUGAAUUUGGGAUCACAAAAUCCCGUGAAUAGUAUUUUUGCAUAGUGUUCAAACUCGACACUAAUUUUACUCGUUGUUUAGGCUUUAUUGAAAGUGACAUAGCUCACCGCACAUUCUUUCUGUGAUGCACAAUAUUUUACUGGCGGACCUCGAACUGAAGACCUCUGGGAGUUUACAUGGGAAAAAAAAUUAGUUCCUUGCUUGCCUGAGAAGGAAGACGCUUUGACUUGGAAUGUUUAUUUGAACAGUGCAAUGGAAAUUCAGUAUGGUAGAUGUGAUGAGUAAUAUGUUUAAAAUAGUGUGCAUUCCUUUAAUUGCUGCCUUUAUUCGCUAACUCGCUAACCCUACGCUUAGAAUGAACAGCGUUGGCUCGUGCAAUGCGUGUAGUAACCCUGACAGCCAUCUUUUGCUCUAAGACUAACCCAAGCUUUGAUUGUAACAUAAACCAUAGCUCUAAUGCACAAUAAUCUUUAUUAAUUUAUUAUACUAUUGUAAAUUAAUAUUAAGUGACAUUUUUGAAUGUCAAAGUGUGCUUAAGAUAUAGUAGUUUUAGCUUCAAUACUAAACCUUGUCUUUACAAAAACACAUUUAUUCAAUAUCUAAAUGACAUUCUUAAAUGCUAACCAGAAACAAGGAGACGAGCAAAUACAUACAGACAAGGGGACACGGCCACACGGAGACACAAGUGGUUACCUCUGUCUAUACCCUGUCUUCUGGCGAAAUGCUACAUAGAGUUUGUGGCGUUGCCAGAGGUUGAUCGAGGAGUCUGUGUGUGUCUUCUCGGCCACAGCUGUGCGAGAAGUGGAGCCCUCUAAAGGAACAUCUGCACCGGUUUGAAACAUUCAGGCUAAUCCUGUCCACGAUCUAUCCUGGGUUUAACCAUACUGGAUUGUGCGAGGACCUCAGAUCCUUGAAAGAUUUGGACUGUCCCAUCAGGUGAGCUCUAGCAUGCGAGGCUGCUUUGGCUGGGUCAUGUAAUCCACAUGCCCACCCACCGCAUGUCCAAGCAGCUUCUGUUUGGCUGGACAGAUAGGGCUAAAUGGGCGCGGAACGGACUAGAAAGGCGAUGGAGUGAUGUGAUACAGAAUGAUGUGGAGCUGAAUGAACUUGCCGAUGACUGGUACCAGUAGUGUCAAGAUUGGCCUCUGAGGAGGAGGUUCGUUAAGGACACUGCUGGGGAAUUGGAAGCAGUCACCCUCCAGAAAGAACAAAGGGUAGAGGAGCGACGCUCACGAGCAGUACUUCGUGGAUAAAAUACAAGCAGUUGGCAGUGGGGAAGCACGGUGCAUCUGCCAGUCAUCUCAGUCGGUCAACCCAUGGCACCUGGGUCUAUUUUGUGACCUGCCAGCGGGCCUUCGACACUUCACGUGGAACGUGGUGACGUUACCGCCACUUAGUGUGGUGAACAGCGGUUGUGUAUGUGUUGUUGAGAGGGGAGCAGCCAUUGUUAGCCUGUACAGAUUCUUUACAAGUUAUUUCUCAUGUGCGCCAUAACCAUAAUUACAUCACCAUCAUAAGAUCAUCUCAUGCAUCAUCACCAUCAUACUCUUUGAUUGCUUGUGUUGCGAUCGAAACGUCGUGAUUUAAUUUAUUUUAUUUUAUACCUACGUGACUUUACCGAAAGAACCAAAGAGUAUGGAUCCGUGCAGUCACGAAAACUUCAAAUCUAGGUUGACAUCACCAUCAUAACAAGGGUUGCCACCUCAUGCACAGACUUUUCUCAAUCAGCCCAGGUCAAAAAAGACUGUUCAGUAGAAUACGCUAUUAAAGUUCAACAUACUACCACCAGAUUUCUGCACUCUUCAAUUUCUGCCACCCACAAUUGCCAAUUCGCAGACUUGGUCAACCGCAGACAGACCCUUGUAACAUCAUCAUCCCCAUCAUAGUCAUCAUCUUUUAAUUACUGUAUGUCUCUCAUGUUGGAACAUAUAAAAGUUGUCGCUUGGCUUAAUAUUAUACAUGUAUUUUGAUUGCAAGGUGUUAUGGUUCUCGGGACAACACAGAUGUCGCUAACUUGCAGGUUGUUGAGUCUCACAUUUGGGACAUAUUUGCUUUACAGAAUAUACAAAAAUUAUGCUGUCUUCUAAUAUAUAAAAUAACGUAUUAUAUCCUCAUUAUUUGUGAUAAAUAACUAUCAGGCCUGGUGGCACUGUUGCAAGGUGCCUGACAAAAAUCGGUAAAGCUGAGAGUUUAAAUUCUAGUCAGGGGUGAACAUAGCCCAUCAUUUGUCUGGUAUCCAUAAAUUAGCUACAACUUAGUUGUCAAGAGUAAUUGCCUAAGGAAAGACUGACUCUCUACGUAUGUGAAUGUUGAAAUCACACAUGGGCCACCUGUAUCGCCGAGCACUGCCCCAUGCUAGCUUUCACAGGGAGACACUUUGUUUAUAUUAUCUCUUAACAUGCAAUAUGCGAUGUCAAACAAAUUGGGUGGCUCUGAAGAGCGUGGUCGGUACAGGGAGACAGAGUCCCUGUUAUCGAGCCUUUUCAUGCAGUUGAGACCGCCGUUGUGAUUGCCUGAGCUGGGGAAAUGAAAGCAGGGCAGGAAGGUGAUCGGCCAACUGAAGUAGCAGCUUUGGGAAUCCUCAGGUAGUUGACCAGAACAACUUUACUGGGAGACAUGGUUGUAUAAUAUAAAAAAAUAUUUUUUUGGUUUAUUGAAAGUUGCAAAAAUUGCGUGUUAUAUAUGGAUUAUUUUGACCCGAUUGCACCUCAAUUGUGUUACCAGCAUUGUGAGCAAAUAAAAUAUCUAAAAGCACGCGGCAGGACAGAUGUUGCCACGUUCACAACAUGCCUGGAGAGAUGACUGUAACCAAUUGCAAAGUGUUUUCGAUGGCCUGUUGAGGCACGUUAUAGACUGUGCACAUUAAAGGAGUGAUGGGGAUCAUUCAAUAUCCGUCUGCCGAUUAGGCCGACAGAUCGUGAUUUGCACUGGAAAGAAGUGCAAUUAGAAUGGUAUUUUGUUUACGAUAGGAUUUGUGCAUUCUCCAGUCAACGGGCUGAGACUUUAAAAUGCAAUACAGAACCCAAACCCAGGAUCUGACUGGUGCCGGCCCAUUUUCCUGAGCUACCGAGCUACAUUAAAUAUUUAUGCUGGUAAUAGAAUUUUUAAAUCCUAUGAGAGCUGACUCAACCAAUCAUUCCACUGUGGUCUGUACAUUAGGUACUAGAGAUGUUUUCCAGAGUUUAGGAUUAGUCCCAAAAAUCAAGCCUCGUGAAAUAUUGCUCAAUUUUUUUAAUUGUAUCCUAAAACUUGUGUUUUUCUCGCCAAAAGAGGGCAUUACUAGUCUCACAAAGAUUUAUACAAAAUGAAAAUGAUCUGAAAAUAUACUCGAAUUUUGUGGAAAGUCAAUCUCAUACAAAGUGCUGGAACAUAUAAGACCUUGCACAGUUAUUAAUGGUCCAGUUCUGAUUAUAUAUAUUAAACGGAUAGCAGUAACAGUGUGCACAGAGCUGUGGUACUAGACAAUUUAUACAAUUGUUCUUCUGAAGUAGAAAAAAAAAUGUCUUCGCAGUAUUUCUACUUUACAGAAAUCUUAUGUGAAGGUGACAUUGCAUAUUCUUGGUCGUAAAUUUAACCUGUUUGGAAUUUAGAUUUAAAGCUUAGUAAAGAGACAAUGUGUUGAGCAUCACCUUUAAUCAACGACAUAGAAAUUCUGCGAUUUGAUCAUGCAUUUCACUUUUCACUUUGAAAAACUACCUUUAUUCGGUUAGUUUUGCAAGGUAGUGAUCAUGGUUUUAUUUGGAAAUAUAUGACAUUUAUAUUGAGCUAUUUCUGUGGGUAUUUUAAGAAGUUAAACAAGCUAUGAUUACUUUGCCAAAGUAUGUUGGGCAACAUUGUUUUAAAUUUAAAUGUAUAACCUCAUAAUCAUGGUGACAUCUUCUAAUCGCUUGAAAAUUCUGUGACGUUUUGUUUUAAAUACAUUGUUUUAAAUAAACUUAUACAGCCUC